UAAUACUGCACUGUACGCUACGAUGCAUUCCGAUGCGAUUCGAUCGGUAUUUUGUCAUUGACGCUGCACAGACAUUACAGACAUGCAUUACAUUGCAUGCAUUGUUUCAAGUGAGACGAAGGCUCCUGGCAGGAGUUUUUGACAAAGGAUGAAGAUACUUACUUAAGGUUUUCAAAACAUGAUGUGACAGAUCUUGGUUCUUACUGCACAUAACUACUGGCUCUGCCGACCACCUAUCCCCCUCUACCCCCCCCCCCCCCUCCCCACCGACUGUUCCGCCAUGAAGUCAUCCCAGAAUGACCACCAGAACCCCUCUGGUACCCACAUCAGUUCCAUCCAGCGCCCCAUGGCCAAGUACAACCGACUGUCCAACACGGUACGGCAGAUCACCCCAGGCCCCUGGCAAUGUGCCAUGUUCUGCGGAGGCAAGAACUGCAAGUAUGACAACCCAGCCAAAUGGUCGGAUAGUGAGAUGGCACUCAGGGGCUUGUAUUCAUCCUGGGUUGGAGACAGCAUCUUAGCUAUAGCAAGGCCGUCAUCUGAAGCUAUUGAAAAAUACGGAAUUGUGGAGCAGUUUAAGGAGCAUGGCAUCAACUCCAUUAUUAAUCUACAGCGGCCAGGGGAACAUUCCAGUUGCGGCAACCCGCUGCAAAGCAGUGGCUUCGCCUAUCAACCAGAACAGUUUAUGGACAAUGAUAUCUUUUUCUUCAACUUUGGUUGGGAUGACUAUGGUGUUAGAUCUCUGCCCUCCAUUUUGGACAUGGUGAAGGUGAUGUCUUUUGCACUCAAGGAAGGCAAGGUUGCAGUGCAUUGCCAUGCUGGCUUGGGACGGACAGGCGUUCUGAUAGCGUGCUAUCUCAUCUAUGAACAACGAAUGGAAGGAGACAAUGCCAUACAGUUUGUGCGAGCAAAGAGGAAAGGUUCAAUACAGACGCCAGGGCAGAUUGAAUGCUGCCAGCAGUUUGCCAAGUUUCUUAUUCCCAUCAGAGUGAUAUUCUCAUCCUGUGAUCCGUGUGCAUAUCCGUUCACUCUGGACCAGUUCCUAAUCAGGCAGAAACUAAUGCUGCAUGGCUACGAGGCUCGGGAAUUGAAACAUAUACCCAAAAUUGUGAGAGCCGUGUGCAGCCAGCUAGCACGACUCGCCUCCUGCGUUUCCACACCCCAGCCCAAGCAGAGGAAGGAGAACAUUGACAUCUUAAAGAAGACGGCACCGGGAGCCUUCCCCAGUCAGAGGGAGUUACAGAACCCAAGACUCAGCCCACGGGAUAAGCACCUCAGUGCCGUCGGCUACGACAGCCUGACCCAACAAAACAAACUCCCUCCACUGAAGAAGAGUUGUAGUGCAGAGGAUCUGAGUCGGGAUGCUGCUGGGUAUGGCAGCCAGGCUAGCCUAGGGGUCCCUCAGACUAAGCAAAUGCCUCGCCGCAGCCCAGUGCUUGACAUGCGGAGAAACGUCACAGACGGUAACUUGGCAUCCAGCUCAGAUGACGACCAUAGUGCCAUUGUAGAAACUUCAGGACUUGCUGCCUUACGGAACGCUAGAUAUGUAAACAGGAGCAAAGCUCAAACACCGAAGAGAACCCCCAAAGGGAAGUUGACGUCAGGUUUGAACCGAUCUGUUUCAAUGCUGGCAGCGUUGUUGAUAGAUGAUCUACAAGCUAUGGAUGAUGUGCGAUUGGUGGGGACAGCUAUGGCGUUUGAUGCUGCAUCAUCUAAUGUGGACCUUGAUGAACUGAAUCAAGUGUUGACGAGUCUGCAACUUCGAGUAGAGUCGUUGCAGCACAAUUUGAAUCGAAGUACUACAGCCUGGGAGAUUGUCUCGACUGAGGGAGAUCCCUUUGUCUUGUCCAUGCUGAUGUGGUCUUGGCUGGAACAUCUGAAGGAGCCCAUUUUGAGCAAAGCAGACGUCAAGAAAUUGGAAUCUGAAUACGAUGAAGAGGAUCCAGCUGUGGCAUUUAAGAAUUUAAACCGGGGUGUGAAGCAGACACUGGACUGCAUUUUGAAAACAGUCGCCAAGUUACCCCUCCAACAACCCCCUGCUGAAGACUUGGAAGAUUCCAUCCUUGUCCGGUUCAUCAAGGCAGCCACACACAUCUCUGUUGUGCAUCUCCCGAGUGAGGAUGGUUCCAUUAAGAAGCGAUGGGUAGACGGUGAGUAUGAAAGUGACGAAUCCCUCACCAAUCUGUUGAUAAUGUUGAGGGCGUAUGUCCGGUUUUUGAGGAUGUCGGGCGCAGAUGACACUCUCUCCCUCAGCUCACAGAACUCCAGCCUCGUUUCACUCAACGAUUCCCGAUCCAUGAGCCUUGGAUCAAGAGAAACAAGGGGAGCUCCCCCUAGCAGAUUCCAGGCAGCACCCCCCACGGAGCCAACCAGGGGUGCCACUCUAAGGGACCCAAAGCAGAGUGAACAAGCCAGAGAGACAUCAGCAAGUCCCGAGUUGAUGAGAGGGGUACGGGAAUCAAAUAUCACCUCAAAGAAAAGCCCCCGUGACCGAGCUGAGAGUGAUACAUUACCUUCGCCAUCUGGGAUGCUCCCCAGAGGGUUACAGAGGAGGAAACUGAAAGCAAUUGAGACCAAAAAGGCAGAGAAUAGUGAACCUCUUACUACAUUGCCAAAAAAGAAUGCCCUGCCGCCAAUUUUCUAAUGAUCAGAUGAUUGUUUCCAGAGAUAGCUGCAAUAUUAAGCUUUAUUUACAUGUUGCAAUAUGGAUGGCCAUGGGUUUCUUUUUCUUCAAAAAGGAAAUAGUAAAGGGUAAUUUCAGGAAUUUAGGAUCAUAAGGGAACAUCUAGCCCUGGUUGGACUCCGUUGUGUACACGCAACGGAGUCCAGGGUAUGAAUCUCUCCUGCCAUAGCGAAAAAAAUUAUAACACAUUUUUUUGCAUAUUUUUACCU